GUGAAGCACCCGGGCCAGUCUCGCCGGACGGCUGGCAGCAUGGCGGCAGCGCCUCGCAGCACGUAGGGAGCGGCUGGCGAUGGGGCCCCGCGAGGCGCGCUGAUGGAGUACCCCUGGCCGCUGGCCCCCGGCGGCGCGAGAGACGGCGAGGACUCCCGCCGCCUCGCGCCCGACCGCGCGCCGGACGGAGGCAGAAAUGACUUCGUUGGUGGAAUUGAUAAUGAAGCUCUCGACUUCAGUCAACUUGAAGACUUCAUUAACGAUGAAAACGAAGGAAAUAAUACGUACUUCGCGAGCACGCUGGCGCACGAGGCGGCGCGCGGCCAGGCGGCGAGCGCUACCCUGGCGCCGGCAGCAGUCGAGGUCGGCGGCGCGCAGGCAGUGCUGGGCCAGACCGCGCCCGGCUACACCGCGCCACACAACUUGCCGGAGAGUCCUCCCGACUCAGGGUCGGAGCCGCCGUACUCGCCGCCUGACGGCAGCUCUCAGCCGUCACACCAGAAAGGGCCCGGCCGAGCGGCAAGUGUGCACGCGGAGCUGCUGGUGCCCAGGCACCCUCACCAGGUGCUGUACCACCAGAUCUCCAGCCCGCACGACGCCGCACUGCUGGCCCAGCACCCCGUGCUCACGCCACUGCUGACGCAGGCGCAGGCUGGACUGUCGCCCGGAGGCAGUCGGCUGGGCGCACCGGAGCCGUCCAUGCCAUCGCUAGGUUUGGUGUCAAGUCAACCAACUCUUAGUUUGGGUCUCUCUUCAGAACACCAGCAAGGGUUGGUCACACUCUACUCAUCUCUUCAAAAUGCACCAAGCAACUCGAUAUCCCUGUGUGGAUCUAAGAAGAGGAAACUCUCUGACGACGGAGAAAGUCCACAGAUAGUUUCCCACUUCAUUGGGACCAGUUCUUCAGCUGUCAGCAACACAGUGCAUGUGAAGCAGGAGCCAGCAAAUGUUGAGGAGAAAAGAGAAAACCAAAGUGCUUUAAAGAAAGAUGAUGCAGUGUGUUAUCUUCCUGGGGAAUUUGGAUCUUUCUCAGUGACAGACCUGUCUCCGGACUCUAACUCGAACCAGACUGCAGUUCUGGACGACGACUACAGCUUCGACAUCCCCGGGGAGUCGAACCUGUACCUGGACUCCAACUACCAGUGCAUCCGCUUCCAGCCGUUCCAGCAGACCGCGUGGCACGUGUUGUGCGACCAGAACCUCAAAGACCUAUCUGUGCCAUUUUACAAAGUUGAUGCUGACAAAGGCUUCAACUUUUCGAACGCAGAUGAUGCGUUUGUGUGUCAGAAAAAGAAUCACUUUCAGGUAGAGAUCACUUGUCAUGCGCAACUGUAUGGUGAGCCUCAAUUCGUAAAAACUCCUGAGGGGUUGAAGAAAAUAACAGGCUUUCAUUUACACUUUUAUGGUGUUAAAGUGGAAAGUCCAUCGCAGACCAUCAAAGUCGAGCAAUCUCAAAGUGAUCGCAGCAAGAAGCCAUUUCAUCCUGUACCAGUUGUGUGUGUGUGCAGCAUGGACAUCCGCAGCGAGCAGGUGACGAAGCUGACGGUGGGCCGGCUGCACUUCAGCGAGACCACCUCCAACAACAUGCGCAAGAAGGGAAAGCCCAACCCCGACCAGCGCUACUUCUACCUGGUGGUGGGCCUGCACGCGCACUGCGCCGACAACCUCGACUACCCCGUCGUGUCGCACGCGUCGGAGCGCAUCAUCGUCAGGGCUUUCCUGUUUCAGGCUUCGAACCCCGGGCAGUUUGAAAGUGACGUGGAGCUUUGCUGGCAAAAAGGUCACACGUCGGAUUCCAUAUACCACGUGGGUCGGGUCGGCAUCAACAAUGACCGACCUGACGAGUCCUUGGUGGUCCACGGCAACGUGAAGGUCACCGGUCACAUUGUGCACCCGAGUGACCAGCGAGCGAAGGAGAUCAUCCAAGAGUGCGACUCGGAGCAGCAGCUGCGCAACGUGCGCAGUCUGCGGCUGGUGCAGUUCCACUACCUGCCCGAGUUCGCGCUGCAGGCGGGGCUGCCCGGCCUGGCGCUGGACACGGGCGUCGUGGCGCAGCAGGUGCAACAAGUGCUGCCCGACGCCGUGCACAGUGCCGGAGACGUGGUGCUGCCCAGCGGCCAGCGCAUACACGACCUGCUGCUCGUCAACAAGGAUCGCCUCUUCAUGGAAAAUGUUGGUGCUGUGAAGGAGCUUGGCCGACUAACUGACGGUUUGGUAACUCGAGUUGGCAAGCUCGAAAAAAUUAACCGUAAAAUAGUCAAGUGCAUUCGAUUAGACAGCGUAAGGUCAACAACGAGCAUAUCUACAGUUUCCAGUAAGUCAUCAAUGUCUAGCUGUAAAAGGCAUAGAAGGCACCGAUGCUGCAACAGCAGUCACAGUACAAAUGAUACCAAGGAUAGAUGUUUCUGCAGCUUUAAGUUCAUCUACAUUGCCAUUGGUUUGCUGUUACUUACAAUGGCAUUCUGCUUGAUGGCGUUAACAGCAUUACACUUUUUACAUAUGCGUAAGCAUACCAUGAUAUGUGGCAAUCUGUUUGGAAGGAAGGAGGCGGCACUGAACGCCUCCAGCAGCCCCCACGAGGACUGCGCCGGGUGCAACGGCAGUUCCGCCGAGAUGUCGCCCAGCGAGCCCGUGCCAGCUGCCGGGCUGUCAGCCCCGGCUGUGGGGCGGCCCAGCGCGUGUAGAGCUGCCCCGAACCUGCUCGACUCGGCCGACACCGCCUGCCAGGCAUUCUGCUGCCAAACCAAUCAAAUUGUUCACCAGCCAGUGGACCUGACGUCUACGACAUUUAACAAAGUGGUCACUGGGAACGAGCUACCACAGCUUCAAAGUCAACAGGGAGAGCUGAGCAACACUGUUCUGAGUUCUCCUGAGACAACAGCAGUUAACAGUGAAGACGGCAGCAAGAACUCUAACAAAAUAUCGCUUGGCAAUUUCGAUUCAUAUUCCAGCCGAACGAGUAGCCAACCAUUUAACAAACAACCAGUGGUUUGGCCGAAACCACAUUCAGUCAAGAAAAAUACAUCAAGGCAGCGUCGUGAAACCUAUAACUGGAGCGACCAAGAAAACCUAUUCGGCAGUGCAGAAACAUCGCAAGACGCAGACUACGGCGGCAUCGUGCUGACACUGCAAGGCCAGCAGUUCAACCAGACUCUGGGGCCAGAGUUCUGCGCCCUCGGCAGUCUGGAAUACUCCAAGUGCUGUGAUAGGACAGCCCACAACUACACCUUCUUGAUACGCCUGAGCAAGUACAUGCCCGACCAGGCGCUUCUGCUUCAUUUCCAAUUCGUGAGAAUAGCACACAUCCAGACAGUUGAGAAAUGUGGACAGCCCGAGGUAGCCAUGGAAUGCCCGUGGAACAAACAUAAACCUAACUGGACUUCAGUGAUAGAGAACCACCAACAAGAGCACAGCAGAGCUCUCUGGACGUUUCACGUUCAUGCUGGUUCAUUUGCACUUUUUGCGCAGACUUACAGGAUUCCUCUCGUUCACUCCGAUAUAAAUGCAUGUGAUCUACCACCAAGUAAACUUGGAAGUGAAUACCUAGAAUACAACCUUAAGUUUUACAGAGACUGUACUGAAUGACAUUGUAAUAGGUUCCUUUCAGUGCAAAGUUUUAUUUAGAAAACAGUUGUGCAUUUUGCAUGAAAACAAGAAGUUUAUCUGUGACUCUCAAGCAUUGAGAUACUGUUAUGUUAUGGAUUACUCAGUUUUUAAUGAAUUUUAACCAACAACUGCAUCAGAAGAGGAGUCUUAUGCAGUUCAUAUUUAAUUUAAAUGAUUUUAUUAGUUCUCGUUACCACCUAACAUAUAUAAAACUGUAUGCAUACUGAAGUUACUGACUGGAACAUUUGCCUCUGAUAAUGAAAUUCAUAAAUUAGACUUAAUGUGUACAUACUAUAUGCAUAAAUAAAUGAAAAUUAGAUUCUAUUUGGCCUGAUUUUGCAUAUACUUAACUGCUAAAAACCAAUCAGUCAUAUAUUCAAGAAGUGUGAAAACUUAUGUAUGUGUGUAUUAAAUGUGAUUUUGUUUUAUGUAUACAGAGUUUAUUGUGUUGAUAAAAUUAAUAAACCAUGUUUUAUACUUCUAGAUAUGGGAAUGUCUUAACAUCUGUAAUACUUAUACUAAUAAUAAUAAAAUGAUAUUAUCAGUACAAUAUAAGUGCGAACAUACAGUAAUUUUAGUAGAAUAUCAAUAAGCAGAUAAAAGUAUAUUACUAUAGCAACCAUGUUUAGAUCGUUAUUAUAAAACGUUUGCACGUGUUUGCAACAUGGAUAGUAUGAACUUCAGAUUCAGUAGAUCAGACAGUGCUGAAUUUUAAAAGGAACUGUGAUGUAGAUAGUAUUUAAAGAAAAUGACCACAUCUGAAAACAUGAAAAAUUAUAUUUAAUAUAUUUUGCCUAUAUGACAAUUUCCAAGUGCUAUGGUUAAAGGGUAGGAUUUAUACUGCUUACAUUUCACAUGUAUAGUUAAGAAAUCCUUAGCCUCACAACUUUUCUGAUACAAAAUGCAUGACAUUUUUAAAAUGUGCAUGAAACAUUAUCUCUAUUACAUUUGUAAAUCACAAACUGUCAGAGUAGUUAUGUUUUAUGUCUUACAGAACAGACUGCAGCUUGGGGGAGAUGGAAAGCAACUUUGUGUAUUGAAUGUUUAUUAAUAUUUAGUAAAACCUUUAGUAAAUAUUCAGUAAAAUACUACAAAUUUUCUUGAAUGAAACUGAAAGCAUCUUAAAUUAUUAUUUCAGGGUUAAAAUAUUUUUCUCCAAAAUUUCUUUAAGACCAUUAUGUUUCUCUUUUUGAUAAUUCAAAAUUGGUAACAUAGUUCCAUAAGAAAUAAUUAUCACUGCAUAUUAAUUGUCAUAUAUUUAUUUCAAACAUUUUUAAUUAUUUAGGUGAAUGAAUAGAAUAAUAUAUUUUUUAAUGAAUAAUUACUAUAGAAAUUGUAUAAAGUAUAAAUAUUUUCACAUAACAUUAAAAAAAUACUUUAAUUUUAACUCAGAAAAUAAUAAAUUCAAUAAUGUAAAAUAACACACAAAAUUAUUCUAGUUUCUUGAAAAAUUAAUGAAAAACUACUUUCAUUGUUAAAUUAAAUAUAAUGCAAUAAUAAUCUAUAAUUAUUUUAGGAAGACGUUUGUACGUGCCAUCUUUUUAUUUAUAUAACACAGAAGAAACGUAUCUCAAAAACUUUACCAAAAAUCUUUACAUUUUUAUUGUGUGUAAGUAGCAGUUUUGUGCUAAGCAUAAUCUUUAAUGGUGAUGAUGAAAAUGUUGAUCCUUACCCCUUACAUGAAUCAUAUCAAGAUGUUUGGAGCCCAUUUUCCUAAAUAUGAAGGUAUUUAAGUGUUCAGUGUUGCUUUCUUCAUUUUUGUGAUAUGUAUUUUAAUUUAGGAAAAACAAUAAUUUUACUAAUCAAAACCAAGCCAAUUAAAAUUAUGUUAUUACAUUUUUUAAAUAUGUCUUACAAGAUGAAUUUCUAAUAUAAUUUUAAAAUUAAAAUAAAAUAAUUAUUCGACCAAAAGUUUGAUGUCGAAUAUCAUUUAAAACCAUAAAAAUAUAAUAAAACAUAUUCUAAUUAAAUGUUGCUAAUGGUUUACCUGUUGGCUGGUUACCGUUUGACUGCAGGCAUUUGAUUUUUUUUUUAAUUGUAAGGUAAAAUUUUAAUUAAAACAACAUACACAAUAUGAUAAUCUAUUCUUAGAAACAAAAAUAAUUUUUAACUACAAUCAAACUUUAUCAAACUUUUUAAACUAACACAAAAUAUUCCUUAAUGUAUAUUACAGAUAAUCCAGAAGGAAUAUUUUUGGAAAUAAAUAUUGACAUUUUUAGCACUUUCAUAUGUCUCCUUUUAAGUAAAAUAUUAGAAAAGUAAAACUAGGGAUGAAUGCUGGGUUAAGCUUAUGGGGUCGAAGUAAACAAAAAAAAAAAAUACACGGAGUUUUUGUGCUGGUGGCUUUCGCGAAAGACUUCAAUAAAACAAUGUUGCAAAAAUUGUUGCACAAACACACAUUCCUUGAAUGUUAAUUGUAAUUCUAUUUUCUUGUCAGAGGAGUAACAAGACAUAGGUCAAAAUAAACACACAUAAUGAAUUAGAAUAAAAUAAUAAUAUGUGUCUGAGCAUAUAACUGCUAUAUGUUGAGGGUAAAAAUUGAGAUGAUCUUCUUAUACUUAAAAAUGUACAGCAGAAAUUUCAAAAUAGCAACACAAAUAUGAUUUACCUAGGUUAAAUAUAACAGAGAAAUAUAAUUCCUCAAAAUUGGUCUAAUACUUACUAAAUUAAUUUAAAAUUGUUAAUUUUUUUACUAGCACAACUUGAAAAUGCUCAGUGAAAGUGUUUCUCAUUGCGUGAUCUGCUGUAGUAGUAACUGUGACCUCUAUCUUUUUUUUCCUAUAAUAUCUUAGUUACGAAACACUUGUUCAAACUAUGUAACAUCAUAAAUUAAACCACAGUACAAGAAAGCAUAAAUUAAAACAUAUAUGUUGUUUGUAAUAGUAUUUUGAUCCAAAUUUUAUUUAAAGUAUGUUUUCUUAUUUAUUCAGUCUGUACCUUCCCGACAUACGUAUUUCUGUUAGUAAUAAUUGGCAUUACCAAAUGGUUAAUAAUUCAAGAUCUACAGUAAAAUGUUUUAUUUUUAAUUUCAUAUUCUGCACAAUAAACUUAUGUUAGUAGAUUUUCUUGUUGGGAAAUGUGGCAAUAACAUAAGAGUAUAACUUUUUUUAAAAUUAGAAACUUUGCAAAUUCAUCCACUUACAAGAUAUCACGAAUAGAGCUCAUUAAAAUAAAUGUUACAAAAUUAUUUUUAAUUUAACUCCAAUAAAAACAGCCGGAGUUUGUCACCCUCCAAAAUCUUAUAACUCUCACAAGGUCCGGUAAGGUGUAAAAAAACUCUUCAUACAAAUAUUAAUCUCAAUAGAAGCAGAUUUCUGAUCUAUUGAAAUCUUUUCAAGUUGUGCAAAUCUCAAAUGUAAUAAGAAGAACCAUUUUCUGGCUUCAUUAAAGAAAAUUAUCCGUGAAACUUCAACAAUUUCGUCCUUGAUUUCUGCAGCUUUAAGAAAUGCGAAAAAUUCUAUAUUUAAAAUAUAAAGAGGAAGUUUUUAUGAAAUAAUUGAACGGGUUUAUGUGAAACCACUGUAUAAUUCUCUCUGUGAAUUCUCCAUUAAUUUAUGCUGAUUUCUAUCAGUUUAGCUAUUGUGUAUUUUUUUUAAUUUUCACUUUACUGAAACAUGAAAAAAUGUCCACCAGUGUCGCUCAUACAAAAAUCAUUUAAACCAACAUAAACUGUAAAUGUAUAAGCCACAUAAAGUAUUGAAAAUGUGAUUGAUAUAAUUUAAUUUUUCAUCAAUUUUUAGUUCAUUUUCUACUUAAAAAGUAUUUUUAAUCUCAAUUAUAUUUAAUUUAUGCUCAUAUAACACUUGUUUAGUGAGGGGUUUGUUAAAUAUCACAUUAUCAUUACUAGUUCAUUCAAGAAUACUUGUUCCCUUUACAUAUUAAAAUUUACUUGAAUGAUGUUAAUUUAUUUAUUUUGAAGUAAUAUUAAUUUCAACAUACAAAAAAAAUCAUAUUUACUUUUGAACGCAGAUAAAAAUUCAUGGGUCUACAAGCGUACACAACGUGACUAAUUGUAUGAGUUUAUGUCAGUACCACCUGUCUAAUGAAGUAUUUCAAACUGUAUUUUGUAAUCAUUUUGGCAGUUCCAUUAGCACUUUUAAAUAAUUUAACCUUGUUUUGUAUUUUUGGUAGCUCACCAAUAACAUAUUCCCCUCCAAAUCUUACUUAAAUAUAAAUUUCACCUUUAGCCAUGCUUGCCACAUGCUAACCUAAUUUAUUUUUACACAGUUUACUACGACACUGACUCUAGUGAAAUCUUUCGCAACCACGAACACUCGCGGUUGAGGGAACAGUGAAUUAUCUAAGCGAGAUAGCCUGCCAGUGCAUUUUAAAACUUUACAUACUUGUUUUAAAAUUUAAUAACACCACCAAAUUGAUCGAGGUAAGAAUUUUUUAAUGUUUCAAAUACACUUGAGAGGAAUUAUAGUUUGGGUUAUCGAGAGAAUUUGAGUUUAAAUUCUAACUGAAAGUAGCAAACAAGAUUCCUUCAAAAGUGGUAUAAAUUCAAGAUUGCAGCCAGUUUCCCGGCUGCCAAGUCUGUAUCUUAUUUUAAAAAUAUUAUAUACAACUAUUUUGAAUUCAUUAUCAUACUCAUGGUUAUCUUUAAUUAUUAUUUCUUGCAUUGUAUUAAAUACUUAGAAACACUUUGGUGCUACGGCACCACCAUUCAAGUUAUCAGACUGUCACAAGUAUAGAAAAAAAAAAUAAGGGAGAUAUUCUUAACUUGAUUAUCUGUGAAGUUAUUGCUUACCUGUCCAUGAAAGCCUGCCUAAUUAUAACACUGAAACUAUAAUUUUGUCUUUUAACUUAUACAUACAUUAAAAGAUUAUAUCUGUGCAAGUACAAAUUGCUAUGUUUCUGAAAAAGUAAUACAGUGAUAUUUUAAAGAUACCAACUUUACUACUGUUGUUAAAGCUAGUUAAGCUAGUAUUUGUAACAAUUGUAAAAUACUUGUAGUCACAUUCAUAUUCUCAUAUUCAACAAAAAUAAUUAUUAUAAAUAUACAUUAGGUAAGUUACUUUUGUUAGUUUAAUAUUACUUUUAAUGUGAAAGAUUACAAAUUUGUAUUACAAUAUGUAGUGACUUUUAGAUGUUUCAUGUUUAUCCUUAAAAUUUAUAAUACAAUGACUCAUUUUAGUUCAUACAGCGAUAUAUAAGGUAUGAUGUUGAUUCCAUUGUUAUAUUUCAUCUAACAGCAUGCAAUAUUGCUCUUGUUUGAAUUCAAGACAUCACAAUUAAAUUCAAUAAGAUUAAAUAUUGUUUUUUAUGAAAUAUACAUAUUAAUAACUGUUGAAAGGUAUUCAGAAUGUAGUAAGGUACGUACGUAUGUAGAAAUCAUUAUUUUUCUUUAAGUGACUUGCCACCGAAAAAAAUUCUACAAAAUUGUAUUCAAAUAGAUGAGGUAUUGUCUUGUAAAUGGAAAAAAGAACACACAUUUUACUAAAUAUUUUAUUUUCAACAAUUGACUACAAGAAAUGGCAAAAUAAAUACAAAACCAAAGUGUAAACUAUAAUCUGUAAUAAUCAUUAAGUUUGUUGAAUCAUGUAAUACGUAAGUUUUAUAUCUUCCUUAGUGUUGCAUCUGUACAAAGCUUGGCUUGCACAAAACUUUCACGCAUGUAAUAGUGUCGUAGUAUUAAGUUUGUUGCAUUACAUGUCCUACAAAAAUUGUAUUUCUGAAACUGGAAAUAUAAGGAACUAACAACAAAUAAUUUAUCACGAAAGCUUUUAAGUUUAUUUGAGAAAUAUUUUGUACCUAGGGGUAUAUGAUAUUAUGUGUCACUGUCUCAGUAAUAUGACUGUCAUGUAACAGGUAAUGAUAUUGAACUAAAUGCAAUUAUUUAACAUGUUGCUAGCAGAUUAGUUGUUAAUGUAAAAAGGAAAGUAAGAAAAUGGAAAAUGUAAAAUGUAUACUAGUUCUCAUUCAUAUUAGGGAGGAAUAGUCUUUCUCUGUAUACACAAAAAGUGAAAUAAAUUUUGUCAGAAUUUUA